AUUUCCUAUGAUACUUUGAGGACGCUGUGCCUUUUGGGAAAUGAAGUCUUUUGGUUAUUUAUUUUAUUAUUUUAUUUUUUUGACGAGGAUACCGCUCACCUGGACCCAGGCCCUCGCAUCUCGAAGGAUCCAGGUGUUCGGAGACCCAAGAUCCUAUAUGUGGAGCCGGAAUUUCAGAGUGGGACCCUCCUGAUGUGGAGCGAGGCUUCGGGGAUCUCAGUGGACUAUAUACUGCAAACUCUUGUAGUCCACAGACUCGUCCUCUUCAACCACAACCUACCUGGGGUGGGCCUUAUUUGGAACUGAGAGGAUGUGGGGGCUCCCGGCGUCCCGACUGUUGGAUGUGGGGAUACACUGAGGGAAGAGUGUUGAUGAAUGUGUCUAGGGUUCAAAGGUCAGAGAUCAGGCUUGCGAGGAGUUGGGGAGGGGGCGUCGAAAGUCAACCGGGUCAGCGACUGACAACUCAGGGAAGAUAUUUCUGGGUAAGGGGCUUGAGGAAAGAGAAAUGUAACCGGCCUGGCAGACUUCUUAAGAUACGGACUGUAACUCCAAGCUCUGUAAGAAGCAGCAAGAGGAGGUCGAUGAAUUGUAGUCUCUCGAGAGUGGGGAGACUGAAGAAAGACGAGAGAAGAGAGAGCGAGUUCUCUGAAUAUCCAUUCCUUGGGUUCGGCCAUCACUGUUGGUUACUUAGCUGGGCUUUCCUCAGUUGUGACCCUAGGUCUUGGCAGUGAGGAGAUGGCUUCUCCCUCUAGACAGCCUCCCCUCGGGGGGUCAGGGCUGCUGCAUGGGAGCCGUGCUCGUUCUUAUGGAAGCCUGGUGCAAUCAUCCUGCUCCCCGGUGAGAGAAAGACGCCUAGAGCAUCAGUUGGAGCCUGGAGAUACCCUGGCUGGAUUAGCACUCAAAUAUGGGGUGACGAUGGAACAGAUUAAGCGUACAAACCGCCUUUAUACUAAUGACUCCAUCUUCCUGAAGAAAACACUCUACAUCCCCAUCCUGACAGAGCCCAGAGACCUAUUUAAUGGUUUGGAUUCUGAGGAGGAAAAUGAUGGAGAGGAAGAGGUACGCCCAAGUAAAGAUGAGAUUGGUUCAUCUUCAGGGAAGAGGAAGGAUCAAAGGUCAAGCUCAGGUCGGCCCAAUGUCAAGCCUCAGCAGGAAGCCUCCACACCUAGCCAGGACCUUUCUGCCUCUGAUUUCCUUAAGAAGCUUGACUCACAGAUCAGACUGUCAAAGAAGGCUGCUGCCCAGAAGUUGAGGAAAGGGGAAAGUGGGGUACCCGAGGAGGAUACAGGUCUCUACCCUAGCUCCCCUCGGAUGCAGCAGCGAGCAGUCCUAGGUCCUGUGCCCCUCACCCGGACAUCUCGGACCCAGACACUGCGGGACCAGGAGGAUGAAAUCUUCAAACUCUGAUGUCCCCAGAACUGAUAGCAAAGGAGUAGCUCGAGGGAGGAGAGGAGUGCGAGGUGAGGCUCAAGAGCAGAGCUCCCCAGCCUGCCUCACUCCUCUCCAGCCAUCUUGCCCAGCCUCUUUGUCAAGAUUUCCUCAGCUGGGGACACUUUGGCAAGCAUAGGGGCUGGGAGAAGACCUCUUUCCAGUUCUUGGGCUGAAUCUAAAGUAAUCCUUUAGAUUCAAAGACUCUUUUAAGCCCUCGCUGUCCCUUUGACCAUUCCCUGGCUUUAGAGCAGGGAAGCAGAGACCCCUCCCCAUCUCCAGUGAUCUUACCUAAUUUAUUUGGUGCUAUAUUGAAGUAAUAUUUAUUUGCUAUGCCUAACUCCUUUCUCCUCUUAACUGAGAAAAAAAAGGGGGGGGGGAUUUCCAUAUCACUGAAGAUAGGGAAGCCCAGAACUGUAGGUGAAGACGGGUGCUGCUGGCCUCUCCCACCUUCCUAUCGAAGCAUGUUACCGAGGCCAGAGAGUCCGUGAAGCUCACCACAGAGAGUGGCAGACUGCGCUGAGUCUUUCCCCACUACCAAGGUAAAGGGUAGGGCUCAGCUGUAACUGAGAAUUCCCUACGACUCUUUCCACCUCUCGGCUCUAAGAGAAGGCUGUGGGUACUGACUAAGCACCCUUCUUCCCACUCUUCUCCUCAGCGCCUGGUGGGGCUAAGGAGUGGAAGAUGCUUUGGAUUCGAGGACAGUUACAGAAGUGUCUGUUACACACCCUAGCCUGCCUAUGCCUUGCUCCUUACUUCCUGUUUAUCUGUAACCUGUACCUGGUCUGCAGUACAGUUUGUCUCUUGUAGGCAUGGUGGCUCAGUAGUCCCAGGAGUCUGCUGUCUCCUGUUGAGGAGUGGGGCCAGGUGAGAUAAGUGGGGUGUCUAGACGUCUCCUCCAUGUUUAGCCCGAGUAUGGAGCUCGAGAGAUUAAACAGUGAGCCCUGUG